UUGUCAACCGAUAUGACUGACAGAUUGAACAAACACAAUUUUAUCUUUUGUCGCUAUUGGAAAAGUUAAAAAUUUAACCCGCAAGUUCCCCUAUUCGUAGUUUUCGACUAAUUAUUUUGGAUAAUAUCGAUCUGAAAAAGUUUUAUGCUAAAUAUGAUAACUAAUUUUGAUAACCUGUGUAGUGAAUUAGAAAAACAAGAGUUAGAGGCAACUAAUGGUGUUGCUUCGCCAUCCACGUAUGCUCAGUUAUUGGCCAUUUAUUUGUACCAAAAUGAUUUAUGCAAUGCAAAAUUCUUAUGGAAAAGAAUACCACCAAAUAUUAUUAGCAGUAAUCCAGAAAUAGCUGCAAUCUGGACUGUGGGUCAGAAGUUGUGGAAAAAAGAUCUUGCCGGAACAUAUCAGGCCCUUGCAAUGUACAACUGGACUGAACCAAUAUCUAACAUCAUUAGGGCGCUUGAAGAGAGGGUGCGAGAAAGGGCUCUCAAUUUAAUCGGGCGCUCAUACAGUUCUAUCUCACAUAAUACCAUGGUCUCUAUGACUGGACUCAGCAAUGAAGCAAUUACACAAAUUUGCAAAGAACGUAAAUGGGAGAUAAGUGAGGACGGAACUACAAUUAAACCGGUACCCCCAGUUCAACCAACACCACUGCAUACAUCUAGUGAAGAUCAGCUCUUCAAACUAACAGAUUUUGUGACCUUCUUGGAAAACUAAGGUACUUAACCAUAAUAUAAGAUUUUUUAAAAGCCUCUAGAGUGUUUUAUAAAGUGGCUGUUCGGAUACAAACCAAAUUACUUACUUGUCCAUCUAAGUAAUAAAGAAUGUUGUGAUUUAUGCUAUCUUUAUUGUACAAAAUGCAAAAAAUUAUUCUUAAUUGAUGUAGUUAUUAAAACCAAGCAGGCUUUUUUGGCUUAUGAUUUAUUACUGAUUAUUAUUGAUGUAGAAUAAAUUCCAACAUAAAUGUGGCAUGUCUUGGCUAUUUGCAAUCUUUUGUAUUGAAAAAUAUUUAAUCUAUUACAACUCAUAGCUAAGUAUUUUACAUAAAUAAUGCCA